CCCCUAUCACAAUGGAUCAUCCAAAUUUACCCUUCGGCUUUGCACUGCCCGGUCACCCACCAAUACCACCAACCCCCAACAUGAUGGCAGCACAUCCAUCGGCACAUCCUGGACCCACAGCCAGUCCACCACAAAGUGUUCCAGGACGUCGUACACCUCUCGGCUCUGUGGGUCUGGGUGGAUUUUAUGCACAGGGAUUGGGUAUGAUACAAAGUGGUGGUAGUGGUAUGCCACCAGGUGAUGAAAAUAAAGCAGAUUCUGGUCUUAUGGUCAUGGAUAAAAGUGCAAAUAAUAAUUUAAUGUUGGCACCACCAUCCACCAGUGGUAGUUCAAUUAGUUCGUUGCUACCAUCAACAGCGGGCAAUAACAAUAGUGUUCGGGUUCGAGGAGGCAGUGGUGGUAGUGGCCAUUCAGAAUCAGAUGGUGGCAGUUCGUCCAGUACUGGCGGUGGCAAGCAGAAAAAUCGGCAGGGCAAGUCGGUGCGUUUGAAUAUCAAUGCAAGAGAACGCCGUCGAAUGCACGAUUUAAACGAUGCCUUGGAUGAAUUACGCACUGUGAUACCCUAUGCUCAUUCACCAUCGGUACGAAAGCUAUCGAAAAUUGCCACCUUAUUGCUGGCCAAGAAUUACAUUCUUAUGCAGCAGAAUGCCAUUGAAGAGUUGAGAAGACUUUUAGCCUAUAUUCAAAGUACCACCGGUGCAGCUCCAUUGGACUUGGCCUCAUUCCCAGCAGCAGCAAAAUUACAAGCACUAUUGCAGGGAGCAGGUGUUGAACCACCUGCUGGUGGUAACAGUUAAAUUUAGAUUU